AUGAAUGUCCUAUUUAAGUCAUGCUCCACACACAUCAAAAAGAUAUUUGACCUCUCAUCUCAUCCGUCGCCGAGAUAACUCAUCAUGUGCACGUUAGAGAAGCAAGGCAAUAUCUUCAUUUUGACAUUCAUCGGUGACGGUGAGCAUCGUCUGAGCCCUUCUCUCAUCGAUUCCGUCUUAUCGGCUCUCCGCGAAGUAAAAUCCAAGGCCACUCGCGGCUCAGUUCUUAUCACCACAUCCCAAGGCAGGUUCUUCUCCAAUGGUUUCGAUCUCGCCUGGGCUCAAGCCGCUGGAUCCAGUUCUAAAGCCAUGGAACGCCUCCAUCACAUGGUCGUCUCCUUCAAGCCGGUCGUGGCCGAGAUGAUAUCCCUCCCUAUGCCCACGGUGGCAGCCGUCCAGGGCCACGCCGCCGCCGCUGGAUUUUUGUUGGCUUUAAGCCACGACUACAUCCUGAUUAGGAGUGAUAAAGGCGUAUUAUAUAUGAGCGAGAUUGACAUAGGGCUUCCGUUGCCGGAUUAUUUCGCUGCAGCUUUUCGAGCUAAACUCCACGCUGUUUCCGCUCGACGGGAUGUCCUCCUGAGAGGUGCCAAGUUGAAAGGGGAGGAAGCGGUGAGGAUGGGGAUCGUAGAUGCUGCGUACGAUAGUGAAGGAAGCUUGGCUGCGGCUGCGAUGCGCCUGGCGGAGGAGUUGGCAUCAAGUAAAUGGAAGGGCGACACUUACAAAGAAAUAAGAACGAGCCUAUACCCAGACCUAUGUGGGGUGCUGGGAUUGGAGGAAGGAAAAAUUGUAGCUAAACUUUAACCAAGAAAUAAAGGAAAAAGGGAUUGGAACACUUGGCAUGUGAUACUGUUUGUUUCAAUAAAGAAGACUCUAGAUGUAUUCUCAAAAUUGUAAUUCCAAUCCCUAGAUCUGGCGUUAUGUCGAUUUUCAAAUUUAAGAAUAAUGGUUAAGAGGGUCGGCCGUGCGAGCCAACCCUAUAAGUUUCCACAAA